AUGGAGAAGGACGAGGAGGAUCUUAACCUCUCCUUUCUGUUGGAGCAUGAAAGAGAAAUGAUCCUGAAGGUCUUGCAGAAAGAUGAGAAACUGAGAAAACGAGAAGAAAAGAGGAUUCGGCGAUUGAAGAAUGAGUUAUUGGACAUCAAGCGCCGGGGUGCCCGUCGGCCCCAGGAGGUGGGGGAGCGUCAGUGCACUCGCUGUCUGAAAACCCUGGGCCUGAUCUUUGACCGGGGAGAUCUGUGCGAGGAGUGCCAGCAGCGCGUCUGCAGUGAGUGCCGCGUGAUGCCUCCCAAAGGCCGCCAGUGGAAAUGCAAAGUCUGCGCCAAGAUCUCGGAGCUGAAGGUUGUGACGGGGGAGUGGUUCCUGGAGGAGAGGUCCAAACGCUUCGAGCAAGGCACCAUCUUCAGCAGCGACAUGCUCAAACAGACCAUCCUGAACAGCCCCACAGUCAAAGACAAGAUGUCUCCGAAGAACGUGCCAGCCCAAGACAAACAAGGCCCGCCUGAAUCGGCGAGGUCUGACACACCCAGAUCCAGCAGAAGUGCAAUACUGAACCAUAUCAAUGGUGCCAGAAGGAAAGGGAUGAGAAUGGAUAAAAGGGGAAAGCGGCCUGGUGUGAAGGCGGAGAAUGGAGGUGAUGGCGGCGGUGUUAACUCGUUCCAGGACGUGGACACACACAGCAUCCAGUCUGGUCUGACCUCACGCUCACACAGGGGCGGCGCUGUGGCUCUUGAGUCUUCAGGAGUGCCGACGGUACCGAACAACCUGCGCUCCCAAACUCCUGACAGAUUCACUACAACCAGCAACAACCGGAGGGUUAGGCCUGAUGGAGCAGAGAGUGUUUCCAGUUUUCACUCGGCUGAUGCCUUGUCUGAGAAGUCGGCUGUCAGGCACCGCAGGACAGAAUCUGGCACUCCCACCAUCGCCGUGUCCAGGGCCUCUGUCUCAUCAGAUCACAGCCGUUCAGAGAUGGACCUGUCAACUCCUGCCUCUGAGCAGAGCGACGAUGCAUUCAGUCUCCGGAGCCGCUCUGUCCCGGGGCUCAAUGAAGGGGAGUUUUCUGAUGCAGAGGAAGACAUCGACGCUCUGAUGUCGGCGCACAGUCAAGCCGCCAGCCGGUGCCUCAGCAGCGCCGUGUCCACGUCUUCCACUCUGGCCUCAGAGAGGAGGUGGGGCUUCCUCAAUGUCCCUGAUUCGGAUGCUGAGACUAGCAGUAUAAACAGCAUGAUGAGCAUGUACAGUGAGACGGGGGACUAUGGCAACGCCAGUGUAAGCGGUGAAAUACUGCUGAAUAUCAGCUACAGCUACAAGACCGGCGCUCUCAACCUGCUGGUGAAAGAGUGCCGCAACCUGGCCACGGGGGACGAGAGGAAGCAGCGCACAGACGUCUACGUCAAGACUUACCUGCUCCCCGACAAGUCUCGCCAGAGCAAGAGGAAGACCAGCAUCAAGGCCAACACCACCAACCCCGUCUUUAAUGAGAACCUGAGGUACGUGAUCAGCCACUCCCAGCUGGAGACGCGAACCCUGCAGGUGUCAGUCUGGCACCACGACCGCUUCGGACACAACAGCUUCCUGGGCGAGGUGGAGUUGACCUUUGACUCCUGGGAGUUUGACUCCCAGCUAGAGGAGUGGUAUGCUCUGCAGCCCAAGGCAGAGAGCAGUAUGGACUCCACAAUGCAUUACAAAGGGGAGCUAACUGUGGUGCUGAAGUAUAUUCCUGCAGAGAAGAACCUCAUGCUGCCUCUGGACCAAGUUCAAGUAAAGAAAGGAUUCCUGAAAGGCAAGAAGACCAGUAACUUCAAACUGCCUAAAGGGGGCAUGGUUGAACUGCUGGUGAAAGAAGCCAAAAAUCUGACCGCUGUCAAAUCCGGAGGCACGUCCGAUCCCUUUGUGAAAGGGUACCUCCUCCCAGACAGCAAUAAGUCAACCAAGCACAAGACAGCGGUGGAGCGUCGCACAGUGAACCCCCAGUGGAACCACACCUUCACCUACUGUGGCCUCCAGCCCGGAGACCUAAACAACGUCUGUCUGGAGCUCACCGUCUGGGACAAGGAGGCUCUCGCUAGCAAUGUCUUCCUGGGAGGAGUCAGGCUCGGAGCUGGAACAGGGUACAGCUACGGGAACGAGGUGGACUGGAUGGACUCGUAUGGGGAGGAGCAGAGGCUUUGGCAGCGCAUGAUCGAAAACCCGGAGGUCCCUCAGGAGUGCACACUGAUGCUGAGGUGCAGCAUGCGCAAGCACACAUGA